AUGGUUUUUGGGUGCCAAAGUGAACAUUUUCUGGUGAAUAGUGGAGGAGGAAACAGCAUGUCAGGUGCUUAUCUAUUUCUUCCCAAUGGUGAAGCGACUGUAUUACCGCACGAUGUUCAAGAAUUUGUGCCGCAAAUUUCAAUGCUUCUUUUAUUUCAGGUUGUCAAUGGGCCUAUCAUGAAAAAAGUAUUCGUUGUGGGACCUCAGGACCUAGAAAUACUCCAAGUUUAUACUCUAGCGUUGAAUUCUCCUUCUAUAGAAAUAACCAAUGAAGUCGAUAUACGGUACGAAGAAGAAUUCGACACUUUGACAGCAAUGCGAAUGAAAUACACCAAUCAGAGUGAUACCGACUGUUUGUCCCGACGACAACUUGACAAGUUACCGCUGCAGGCUCAUUUCUACCCGAUGCCAUCCGCCGCUUAUAUUGAGGAUACUUCUUCAAGACUUUCUCUACAUGGAAACCAGCCACUAGGAGUAUCUAGCCUCAAAGCUGGUCAACUCGAAGUAAUGCUGGACCGUCGCUUGGCACAAGAUGAUGAACGAGGAUUGUUCCAGGGUGUCACGGACAACCACCGGACAUUAUCCCGUUUCCGCCUUCUUGUCGAACCGUUGUCACCUCCAGACAAUAAAAAUUUGGCUCAAGAACGAUUAGGAUUCCAUUCAAUGGUUGGCCUUGCUCAGAGCGCAGAACUUCACUAUCCACCUGUCCGGAUGAUUUCCAGCGAGAAACCGGGUGCUGACAGCGUGUCUGGGAUGUCGUCAAGCCUUCCAUGCGAUGUUCAUGUCGUUAGUCUCAGGACUCUGGCGGGACCUACGAACUACAAUGGUGAUAGAAUGGCAUCACCCAAGAAUGAAGCCGCGUUAAUUUUACACCGAUCCUUGACAGAAUGUAGAUCAAAACUAAAGCUGAAUAGCGACUGUGAUCGACAAGGAAACCCGAUCUCACCAAAGACCCUAUUCCCGUCAGUGCGUUCCAUCAAAGAAACUUCACUUACUCUAUUGUACGAGGGUAAAGAAACCACUCAAGUUACAAUGCAGCCUCAAGAUGUCACCUCGGUGAAGUUGUCGUGGUAG